GGUGAAUAGCCUCUAGCACAAGUGGUGAAUGCGCCAGCUGCUGCAGAUCAGGGCCAAGCUGCUACUCCAGUAGUGGUCAUAGUGGUCAUUGCUCUAGUCCUUGUGCUAAUCUACUUGCAGCCGCUAGGGCGGAGAAUCGUGGCCGUUUAUCAUCGUUGUUGUUAAUGGGGACCGGUCAAUGAUGGAAGGGAAACUCAAUUUAUAAAACCACUGCCUACAGGUUCAUUCGGUGAUAGCGUUUUGCUGAUUGUUGCCCUCUGUUUUCACUCUGUAUUUGAGGGCAUUGCAACUGGAGUUGCAGGUAAGAUGAGAUACAUGCAUAAAGAUGCAACUGCCUUGCAAAGCAUGCUAGCAGUUCAGAGAAAGGUGUAGAGAGAGGCUGAGAGAGGAAGAUGGGUUCAUCAAGCACAACAGCAACCACUACAACCACAACAACCACAAUAACAACAACGGAGAAGAAAGGGCUGGGAUGGAUGGAAUGGCUGAGAGGUUGGUUUUACGUAAUUUACGAGAUGCUCUUCCAGCGGAUCACUGCCAGCCAUAUCCCCAACCCUCUUGAUUUGUCCCCUCUCCCCGAUCUCACUUGCAUCGUUACCGGUUCCACCAGUGGAAUUGGCCUCGAAAUCGCCAGGCAAUUGGCAGAGUCAGGGGCACAUGUUGUCAUGGCAGUGAGGAACCCGAAAGCAGCUCAUGAUUUGAUUCAGAAGUGGCAGAAUGAAUGGUCUGGAAUUGGGGCGCCCCUUAAUGUUGAGGUGAUGGAACUUGAUCUUCUCUCGCUUGGCUCAGUUGUAAGAUUUGCUGAAGCGUGGAAUGCACGUUUAGCUCCGUUGCAUGUUUUGAUCAAUAAUGCUGGCAUCUUUUCAAUAGGAGAGCCUCAGCGCUUUUCAAAAGAUGGGUAUGAAGAACACAUGCAAGUGAACCAUCUGGCGCCAGCUUUGCUGUCAAUAUUGCUUUUGCCAUCUCUAAUUAGAGGAUCUCCCAGCCGAAUUGUUAAUAUGAAUUCCAUUAUGCAUGCCGUGGGAUUUGUUGAUACGAAAGAUAUGAAUGUGAUCUCCGGGAAACGGAAAUAUACAAGUUUAGUGGGUUACUCAAGUAGCAAGCUUGCACAGGUCAUGUUUAACAGCAUCUUCCAUAAGCGGAUACCUGUAGAGGCUGGCGUUAGUGUUAUGUGUGUAUCGCCUGGGAUUGUACAAACAAAUGUUGCAAGAGAUCUACCUAAAAUCGUUCAAGCGGCUUAUCAUCUGAUCCCCUAUUUCAUAUUCAGUGCUCAGGAAGGUUCUCGUAGUGCGCUUUUUGCGGCCACUGAUCCACAGGUCCCUGAGUAUUGUGGGGUGUUAAAGGCUGAUGAAUGGCCUGUCUGUGCAUACAUCUCUCAUGACUGCCGGCCAAUGAAUGCAUCAGAAGAGGCUCAUAAUGUAGCGACUUCUCAAAAGGUAUGGGUAAAGACACUUGAGAUGAUUGGGCUUCCUUUGGAUGCCGUGGAGAAACUUAUAGAAGGGGAACAAGUCCAGUGCCGAUAUGGGGUUCAUGGCUAGUGGACUUUUUGGGGGUUCCACUGACAUGACAAUGUUAUAACAACCAUUAGAACCAAUGGCUCAGCUGAAUCCAGAUUAGUCUUUGUCCUGUGAACACAUCUGGCCAUGCCUGGAGCUGGCGAUUUUGCUCUUAGCUUAGGAAAUUCAAUUUCAGAUUUAAUUGUUGUUUCCUUUUGUUGCAUAAUACAUAUGCAUGCAUGUACAUUCAUUUGAUAUUAUUCGCCAUGUAUGAUGUAGAAGCUUAAUAUGCAUGUUCCCUCAUGUGCAUGCAUGUAUGAUUGGGUAGUA